AUGGCUAAGCAGAGGUUCGUGAAAAAGACUGAGGAUGCUAAGUGUCAGAGGUUCUAUGAUCAGUUGAAGCAGCUAUCGAUGAACAUUCCUUUUCUUGAUGCCUUCCAAGAGAUGCCGGGUUUUGCAAAAUAUUUGAAGGAGUUGUUUACAAAGACGAGACCGAUAAAGAAUGACACUGUGAGUCUGACUCAUCGUGUUAGUUCUAUCAUAUCUACAACCAGUGCUCAGACGAAAAAGGAUCCAGGGGCCUUUGCAAUUCCAUAUUCUGUUGGUCACCAUGAUUCUGCUGGUGCUUUAUAUGAUAAUGGGGCUAGCAUUAACCUCAUGCCGCUUGUUAUUUAUAAGCAAUCGGGGUUGGGAAUGCCUAGACCUACCACCAUGCGACUACAUAUGGUUGAUAGAUCUAUAAAGAGGCCAGUUGGGGUUGUUGAUGAUGUGCUUGUUCGGGUUGGCGAAUUCCUUCUACUGAUAGGUUUCGUAAUUCUUUAUUGUGUUAUUGAUCGAGAUAUCUCGAUUAUUCUGGGGAAACCUUUCCUUACCACGGGAAGGGCUCUUAUGAAUUCUGAGAAGAACAAGAUCAAGUUCCAUGUUAAUGAUGAGAGGUGA